GUCAAACAGCAAAGAAUCACAUUAACAGAGGGAGAGACAGCUAGAAGGUGAACAUGCAGUUUUUCAGGCGACUAGGGGACACCAUUGCCACUGUGUCCAACCUCUUCUCCAACCCCUACCGGGUGAAGGAGGUGCAACUUUCUGAGUAUAGUGGAGGGGGCCGAUUGCGACUGAGGGAGGAAGGCAGGGUGGUGCUGUACAGGAACCCCCCCAGCCAGUCGUGGGACUGCCUGCUGCUGUCUCCAGAAACGCCCAACGUCGCCCUUAGGUUAUUCCAGGUGGCCACUGAGGAAGAUGCUAUGAAUUGGUUCCCUCAGUAUGCCCUCAAACUCCGCCCGUUCUAUGAGACUGCCCGUCCCCAGCUCAAACUGGAAACCAUGCAGUCAAUCACAGACUGCUUGCGUGCACACCCUGACUGGAGCUCAGCGCACAUCGCUGUGGACACUGGCCUGAGAGACUGCCUGAAGCACAACUAUGUCCUGAGCCAGAUCAACAGCAGGGAUGUGGCCGGGCAGACCCCCCUGCACCUGGCGUGCGAGCGAGGGGACUUGGGAUGCGUCCGGGAGCUGCUGGAGGAGUGCCAGGCGCGCACUGACAUUAAGGACCGAAACGGGGACACCCCCAUGCACUGUGCCGCCAAACAGGACUCCGCCACUGUCAUCCAGAUACUGUGCUCCCGCCACUGCCCAGGUGUGAACGAGCUGAAUUCGGCCGGGGAAACGCCUCUGCACGUGGCCUCUCGAAUGGGGAGGGUGGAGUCCCUGAAGGCACUGAUAGGAGGCGGGGCCAAGUGUGAUGUCACUGGAGGGCGGGGUUACCCCAUCCACGCUGCCAUGAAGCACAGUGAGAGGAGCUGUGCAGAGGCCAUUCUGACUGCAGAGCCUGCGCAGCUGCAGGCAGAGGAUGCUAUAUAUGGAGGAACCCCACUGCACUGGGCCAAGACUGCAGAGAUGGCUCAGGUGUUGCUGGAGAGGGGAUGCGCAGUGAACUACCUGAGCAAGACAGGGGAGAGCGCGCUUCAUAUUUUGACCAAGAGAGGGCGCUUUGAGGCUGCAAUGGUUCUGCUCACUCACGGCGCUGACCCUAACCUCCGUGGCCAAGAUGGAAACACGGCCCUGCACCUCGCCAUGAAGAUGGACCACAUGGAGCUGAUAAAGGCUCUCAUUGUGUUCGGGGCCGAUGUGGAGAUUCACAAUGAUUUGGGCGAGACCCCUGGGCUUAUUGCAGCCCGUACCAGCAAAGGCCCCAACAGAAAGAUUCUGCUCAACAUGCUGUGUAGUGUAGGAGCAGAGCGGUGUCACCCCCCCUCCCCUGACACCCCUCCCCUGACCACCAAGAGGCCUCCGCCUCCAGGCAUAGGGUUUGAGGACAUCAUGCAUGUUGCAGCCACGGUUGGGGCCAUAACUCGGGGCAGAGCAGAAGUGGAUGGUUUCAAUGCAGGAAGGAGGAAGAAGGACAGACUUCUGUGUCUGGAUGGGGGAGGUAUCAAGGGCCUGGUUCUGAUCCAGCUGCUGAUUGCACUGGAGCGGGAGGCAGGCCGGCCGGUUAAGGAGCUGUUUGACUGGGUCUCGGGCACCAGCACGGGGGGAAUACUGGCUUUAGCCAUAGUGCACGGUAAAUCAAUGGAGUACCUGCGCUGUCUGUACUUCCGCAUGAAGGAGCAGGUGUUCCGAGGGUCACGCCCCUAUGAGUCCUCCCCCCUGGAGGAGUUCCUGAAGAGAGAAUUCGGGGAGAACACCAAGAUGACGGAUGCUCGGCAUCCCAGGGUCAUAGUGACUAGUGUUCUUGCAGACAGACACCCAGGCGAGCUGCACCUCUUCCGAAACUACGACCCCCCUACUCUCCCCCGGGACCCCCCGUACUCUUCCACCGCAACGUUUAAACCUCUCACCAUUCCACAGGAGCAGUGUGUGUGGCGCGCCGCCCGCUCCAGCGGCGCCGCCCCCACUUACUUCCGACCAAUGGGGCGCUUCCUGGACGGAGGGCUGCUGGCCAACAACCCCACGCUGGAUGCCAUGACAGAGAUACACCACUUCAAUAAGGCGCUGAGAGCACAGGGCAGGGGAGGGGAGGUCCAGCCUCUUGGGGUGGUGGUGUCCCUGGGGACAGGGAAACCCCCCCAGGUGCAGGUGAACUCGGUGGAUGUCUUCCGCCCAUCUAAUCCACUGGAGCUGGCAAAGACCUUUGUUGGGGCUAAGGAGCUGGGCAAGAUGCUGGUGGAUUGUUGCACUGACUCAGACGGCUGUGCAGUGGACAGGGCCAGAGCCUGGUGUGAGAUGACUGAUAUCAGCUAUCACAGACUGAGCCCUCAGCUCUCCGUGGAGGUGAUGCUGGAUGAGGUCAGUGAUGCAACCCUGGUCAACAUGCUGUGGGAGACACAGAUGUACUUGUAUGAGCAGAGGGAGCAGAUCAAGGCCCUGGCACAGCUGCUGCUGCAGGGCUGAUAGACACUUCUACAGCUGCGAGACAGACCGUGGGACAAGGAGAUGGAGGCUGAUACUACACUAACAAAUCAAUAGAGAGAGAGAGAGAGAGAAGGAGUGAAGGGGGAAAUGAAGACCCGGGCAUAAUGUCGGACCAUUAACUCAAAGCAACAGAAUUGCACAACUGCACAUAACUGUGCACAGAGGCAAUAUAACAAGCCUUGAAACUCUAAGCCUGUGUCACUGAACCCCAGCCUUUGUGCUGGUGGGUAACAGGGGCAUAUGUACUACACUGCAUUAAUGCAGUUUCUGUACAGUUACAAACGCACUGAAUGUGGCGAAAAGGAAGAAAUGUUUACAAGGACACGUACCAAGGUCAGAGGUCAGAUGCAAAAUACCUGCAGUGGGUGUUUUAUGGCUACAAUUCAGUAAACAGAACUGCUCAUAACAGACUUUCUCACAAGCAUAUUGCUCUCAUGGUCAAAUUAGAUAUGUAUGGUGACACAAGUUACUAACAUCUACUCCCUUCUACUACAAUGCCUAUCUUUCAUGAUGUCAAUGUGUGCAGUUUCCUGCAUAUUCCAUAACCUCUUUCUUGAAAAUGAAUACUGAAAUUCUUCAAUUUACCAUGAUUUGUUUACUCCAUUCAGCAGCAGAAUGUUAGGUUAAUAGUGACGGAUUUGUUAACAAGUAACAAACUGUAUGACCAAAGGCUGCCUCUGUACUCAUAACAGGUGUCAUGAAGGAUUGCAUUAAUGUUCCAUUAGGAUGUGGAGCACUGCUUUUUUUUUUGGCUGAGCAGAUCCUGCUCUGAUACAAUAACAAACUCUUUCAUACAGUCAAGACUCAUCCCUUCAACUUUGAUAUAAUAUGUAUUUGAUGAACUAUUUUAUAUUGUUUUAUCCCUGCUGCUAUAUUGAAGUGAAAA